AUGGCUGAUGGCAUGGAUGCUGCUUUGAGAGCCGCUUCCUUUACUGACAUGGGUGAAGUAAACGACGAGAUCAUCGACUCGGUUGUCUCUGAAAUGUUGAGCCUUCUCGAGCAACAGGGUGUGAGCUUUGAGAACCCAGAGCACAUGAACCACCUCAUCUCAUUCGUCCAGACCAUGGCCCGUGAUGACAAGGAGAAAUCGAAGAGUACUAAGUUCCUGGAGCAGCUUAAGCAAAUGGCCAAGAAGACAUGGGACAAGAGCAAGGGUGUUGCCAAGGAUGUUUUGAAAGACCUCCUUGCGAACUACACCAAGACAUUGCUAAAAUCGGGAUUGAAGCACGCCUUGCCUGCCCUCGAGAAAUUGAACGAGAAAGCCAUGACCAAGCUUCCCCCCAACCUACGUGUUGCCCUCGCUCCCAUCUACUUCAACAUGUGGCUGUCACUCUUCAAGCACGCCAAGUUGGCCAUACCAGCUGGCUACAACAUCGAGAAAUUCGUUUGCAGCAGCCUCACUAAGGAUGAAUGUGACGCAAUCAUCGAAAAGGUCCAGGGCACCUGGAGCAGCUUGACCAACAAGUCUUCCAGCAAGGUAAAAUCCGCCAGAUCUGACAGCGAUGAUCUGUCCGAUCUCGAAGCCGAGGAAACCAAAGGCACUGCCUCCAGGAGGCCUAAGGCAACUACUUCCUCAGGGGACGAUUUCGACCUCGACUUUUAG